CCGACAUGCUGAGAUGACCUGCAUCCAUUUGAAGCUUCGUCCGAAUGUUUACUUGAUUAAAGCGCGAAGACUAGUGCUUGGGAUAAGCAGAAACGCGCAAAUGUCUGAGGAAUACUUAUGCAUUGCUUGGAGCUGAUGUUUACAGUUUAUAUGAUUCUACAGAACGACGGCUACGUGCAAGUUUCACGGUGACUGGCUAAAACACAUCGUGGUGGUUGAGAGAUACGGAUGAGAUGCAUGGAUUUCUAUCUCACGAACACAUUACAUGUAGCCUAGAUAUUUUCAGCCAGUCUAUAACCAGACGGAUUCAUGAGGGAUUUUGUCACCAGUGAGCAUAGCAUGAUAUGUGGCUGUGACUGUGGCUCCUGGAUCCAACGUAAACAGAGAGCUGGUAGAAAUGAUGGCAAGGAAGCUGUGUUGGGGGAGAAACUGAGUGCUGUUCUCGCACCACUGAGACCAAGAGGACCUGAUCUCCUGCAGCACUGAACACUUAGCCCUCCUGCUAGCUGUCAGACCAAUGCUAGACUACUCGCAUAAUGGGGUGCAUCAAAUCCAAGCACAGGGACGCAGUGCAGGGCGCAUGCUCCUUGAGAAGUGCAAAUCGGAAUCCGGGAAAAGGGACACGGGCCGAGAGGGUGGCCCUCAUCAACGCGGAUAUGGGGCCCGAGGAGGAACCCCUAGCGGUUGACCCCGCACUGCUGGACUAUGCCCAGCGACUGUCAGAGGAUAUCGUGGCCCGAGCUGUGCAGCAGUGGGCGGAGGUAGACAGCCGCUACAGUGACAUCCCCUACAUCGAGUGCGAUGUGCCAUGACUCCAGGCUCAUCCCAGUCACACGCUGUCCAUAAUACCCUUAUCAACCCAAACCCUCCACCCUGCCUACCCUGCUCCCCCACCGAGCCAAACCCUCCACCCUCCCCACCAACCCAAACCCUCUACCUUCCCCACCAAGCACCCCUAC